AAAGUGAUCUUGAAGGUGCGAUAAUGAAUCGAUCUCAAAUCUUGCGACAUUUUACUGAAAACAUUUGUCGCUGAUGGACGAUUAUAAGCGCGAACGCGACGUGUUAGAACAAUAAUUGAAAUUUCAUUUGAAUUGCGACACGGAAUAUGCCUGAAUAAAAACAGUUACUACAUACAAGUGUCUAUGUAUAAAUAAAAUUAAAAGUAAAACAAAAAGAUUAGUGUGUAAUACAUGUGCCCCUCGGUCUAUAUAUGUAUAUGUAUACAUGAAUGUGUUCGUGCAAGAGCAAGUUAGCCUUUAUACUAAAUUAAGUUCGUGCAAUGUCUGAUAAAUUGCUAAGCGGCCGGGCGAACGAUGUGCCGACGGCACUUUUGCCCAAUACGAUUGAAGUCAACACCCGCACAACGGAAGUUUGUGAGGACGUUGAUUCUUAUCAAUCGGAAACGGAAAAGCCAAUAAUAUUGGAGCUUGGCACUACACCGAAGCCAGUGGCCGUCAGCGCAAGUGUUUUGGCAUCGGUUUACAAUUCCGAGUAUCCUUUGGAUAUGCAUCUGAGUGGGAAUGCCUACUUGGUUGCUUCGCACUAUGUAUCUUACGCUGGGCAUACAAACGCAGAUCCGCAGUUGCUGCCAAUGGUUACUACACACCUCUCACCACCGAUUUAUAACAAUCCGUAUACUCAUUAUGAGAACUCGUUGACACCACCACCUCCAGCACCAAAUGUAAUAGUGCAGCCACCCACAAGCGCUUCGUCUGCGGUUGUUACCAGUGGGAUAUCCACCAUUACGCCUAGUGUUUAUCCAACGCAAAUUCCACAGACCGUGAGUACAUGGCCAGUAGCUGCCGAUCCGAAAGGAAAAUCUGUUGCGGAAGUGGUCCCACCACCGAUUAGUAUCAGUUACCUCGAUGCACGCGAGCACAUCAUAUCCAAGGAAACAAAUCCCUCAUGGAAAGAGAAGGCGCUGCAAUUGGAGAAAGAUUACAAAAAGACUGCCUGUGAUAGAGAACGCACACGAAUGCGUGAUAUGAACAGGGCGUUCGAUUUACUUCGUUCCAAACUGCCUAUUUCGAAGCCUAAUGGCAAGAAGUAUUCGAAGAUUGAAAGUUUACGUAUUGCCAUUAACUACAUAAAUCAUUUGCAACAGUGCCUUAAGGAUAUACCCAUUGAAACCAACGCGUCAACUGAAAAUACCGCCAGUCACGAAAUCAAUGCCGUGGACUACGUAGUAGAUAUGGGAACACGCCAACGUAUAUCACAUUUUCACUAUGAAGGCCCCAGACAGUCGCUCAAAGACAUUAAAAAGGAUUUGGAUGAAUCUCAAAGCGGUGGAUGGAGUGAUAGCCAGUAUAUGAGUGCAGAACGAGAGCAGUGGGAGCGAAAUUGAAUUCGCACAUACACGAUUUUAUACUUAUUUAUUGUAAUAUAGAAAAGAAAGGAAAAAUACAUUUUAUAUUUACGUUUGUUAACAAUAU